AUGCAGGGGCUAGAGAACAGGAAGAGCAACAGUAGUCCUCUUGUUCUACCCUAUCCACUACAUGGGAACUUUGAUACCCGUCUUAAUUUCCUCCUAGAAAAUCCUGAGAGACCUCAGAGUGUCACGUGUGUACGCCAAGAUCUACCCUUCUUGGUCAACACUGUUUUCCUUCUUGCUUCCUCUGGCUGGCAGUGGUACUGUCCCACACUGCUGGCAACCCCAGAAGUGCCAUCAGUGACCCCGAACUCUGCUGAAGGCCUACACCUGCUGAAGAAGCUCAUGCCCAGUUUGAACCCACUCAUGACUGAGCCCAAGGACAGUCUUGUCUGUGCUAAGCGUCCUGGCGGCUGCGUUGAGGGACUGAAGGGAAAAAAAAUCACCAUUUUGCUUUCUCCACUCUUGACUGUGAAGUUCAAUAUAAGGACAUCGAGUAGGACGUUGGAGGGUCCUCACUCACACCACAGCCUCUACAGCUUCCAUGCCCAGUGCCUUCAGAUGGUUCCAGGGAUCCCUGCUUUCUUCUGUCUCAGGGCCAGUAACUCACAGGGCCUGGGCACCUUCCCCAGGCUGAAGACAGUUUUGUCUCUUUCUGUUUGUUUGAGUGUUGAUGUCCCAAAGGAAUGAUAUCCAUCCCAAAGUCCUCUAUCAGAUUUCUCCCAGGAGGCCCAAAGAUUCUCAUGUGAAUUAGAGUCACAUUUGACCUGUCCUGAUGGGUGAAUAAGCAGACCACUUUCUCCCAAUGGAGAAAGGGAGAUUUUUUAAUAGGCAACUUACUUUUCCUUGAUCCCAGUCACAAACUCUUCCAAACUGACAGAGCUACAUAGUAACCCACAAAUCUAAGCAACUGUAUGGGUGUGUGUGUAUUUGUGUGUGUGUGUGUGUGUGUGUGUAAAAUUGAGAGACUUUCUAUUGUUCUUCAAAAGGUUGUAAAGAUGUAACAAAUGGGUUUCUCUUUACAGUUCCUUACACCUGGUCUCCCCAGAAAGCACUGAGGACUCUGAUUCAUCAUGUCAAGCGGUCAAUUAGAAUCUGGGAAAGCCUCUUUCUGGCCUCACCUUACUUCCUGUACCAGGAGAGAUGCUCAUUAAAGUGUGAGAGAGUUGAUGGGAUUAGAGUCUGGAAGCGACAACCUCUCCUGAACCCAAAUUCAUUGAUUUCUUCGUUUUACAAAACGGUGUUCUUGAGAAAAAUAAACAAAAAAAGGAAAUAAUACAA